AUGGCCACCUCCGCCGCGCCUGCGUCGCCGCACCCGCACGCCCUCUUCCUCCCCUACCCGGCGCAGGGCCACGUCAUCCCGUUCAUGGAGCUCGCCCACCGCUUCCUCGACCGCGGCUUCGCCGUCACCUUCGUCAACACCAGGUUCAACCACCGCCGCGUCGUCGCAGCCGCCGCCGGCGCGACGACGGCGUACUCAUCAGAAGGAGGAGGACGGCUGCGUCUGGUUGCGGUCGACGACGGGAUAGACGACGCCGGGGACCACGAGAACCUCAUCCUGCUCAACGCCGCCAUGCAGGAGGCCAUCCCGCCGCAGCUGGAGGAGCUUCUCGACGGCGAGGACGCGACCGGCGAGGGGCUGGGAAAGGUGACAUGCGUGGUGGUCGACUCCGGCAUGUCGUGGGCGCUGGAUGUUGUGAGGCGUCGGGGGCUCCCGUCGGCCGCGCUCUGGCCGGCGUCUGCGGCCGUGCUCUCGGUGCUGGUCAACGCCAAGAGACUGAUACGCGAUGGCGUCAUCGAUGACGACGGUAAGAUAAGCCACGCAACUCGUGUUUGUAUUCUCGUCAAAGUCGUUGCUGCAAUUUAUGGGCUUCACUGUAGGCCUCACAUGCUCACAUGCUCACAUGUUAUCCAACGACAAUCUGCAUUCUGCCGAAAAUUAUUUCAAUAUCUACAAGAGUUUGAAAAUGUUUAUAGUGAAAUGCAUUCGUGGUCACCGCCCAUUUACAAAUCAUUUUAUGCUACACAUGAUGUUUCAGGAAAUGCAAUCGUUUAUCCCUAUUGUGUUCGGUUGAGCUUCAAAUCGCGUGUUAAGUCUCAAUUCUAUGUUGCAGGAGCACCCGUUAACUUGGAGAACAACUCAUUCCAUCUCAACGAGUCCGCAACGUCCAUGGACGCGACCUUCCUCGCCUGGAAUUACAUGGGCAACCGUGACGCCGAGCGCCUGGUGUUCCACUACCUCACGUCCACAGCGCAGGCCGCCGCAGCGAAGGCCGACUUCCUCCUCUGCAACACCUUCUCCGACAUCGAGCCGGCUACCAUCCUCCCCAUCGGCCCGCUCCGCACAUGGCAGCGACCGACGAGACAUGCGCCCGUGGGGCACUUCUGGCACGCCGACGACGCCGCCUGCAUGUCCUUCCUGGACGCGCAACCCCGCGGAUCCGUCGUGUACGUGGCGUUCGGAAGCAUCAGCAUCAUGACCGCGGCGCAGCUUCAGGAGCUCGCGCUCGGGCUCGAGGCCUCCGGCCGGCCGUUCCUGUGGGUCGUCAGGCCUGAGCAGGCCGACAAGCUCCCAGACGGGUUUGCGGACGCCAUUGACGGGCUCGCGAAGGGCAAAGUGGUCGGCUGGGCACCGCAGGAGCAGGUAUUGGGACACCCCGCGGUGGGCUGCUUUGUCACACACUGCGGGUGGAACUCCACGCUAGAAGGCAUCCGCAAUGGACUGUCCAUGCUGUGCUGGCCAUACUUCACCGACCAGUUCACGAACCAGACAUAUAUAUGUGACAUCUGGAGGGUCGGGCUACGGGUUGCGUCGGCCGAGGGUGGCGGGCUGGUGAUGAAGGAGAGGGUGGUGGAGCUGCUGGAUAGGAUUUUCGAGGACGAAGGUGCCAAGGAAAGGGUGCUGAGGUUGAAGGAGAUGGCGGAGAAAAACAUGAGCGAAGAAGGCGAGUCGUUGAACAAUUUGAAUGUGCUGAUGGAGUCCAUGGGAAGGUAG